AAUUAUCAAAAUUUUGUCAGUAGGAGAGGCAAGAAGAUUAGUAAAAGCCAUUAAAGCUUGACAUUCUUUUGUCCCCCUACCAGAACAAUUUACAUGUAAUAAAAAAGGGCAAAGAUAGUUGAAUGGACAAAGGUAUAUUGAAAAAAAAAAUUAAGGAUAUCUAAUACAAAAAGAUAGGAAGGUUGUCUUAAAGCAGAACAAAACUCUUUAGAAUUUGAUGUAAGUAGGGUUUUUUUCUGUAAAAAUAAAAAUAUAUAAUUUUGUUUUUUUUAAAAAAAAAAGUAAUUUUCCUUUCUUUCUUUCAUUCUCUUCUUUUUAAUUAGGCUUUUCAUUCUAUUCUUCAAUCUGGUUAAAAUAUGAUCAAAUUACAAAUCUUCCUUAUAAUAGUAAUAUUAAUGAUAUUCAAUUGUGAAUUUAAAGUAGUGAUUAGCAAAGAACUAGAAUAUUCAUAUGUUAAACCGGAAGUGUUUAUUGAAUUUCACAACAGUAUUAGAAGUAAAGUAAAAGCUUCGAAUAUGAACGAAAUGUAUUGGGAUGAAGAAUUAGCAUUAAAAUCGGGUCGUUUAGCCAGAGAAUGUAAAUAUAACUAUCCUCAAGUUGAUGGAUGUAAUGGACUACUUAUUGCUCACUCUCCAAGUUGUUAA